AUCGUGUCGUGGUAGUUAGAGUUUAGGAGAUGUGAAAAAAAUGCGUCUUGUAUGGUUUUCAGACUUACCCUUUUCUUCAUUCUUACUUUGAAUGCUGCUUUGGUUCUAUUGAUUCAAAAAAAGUUGAACUUUUGUGUGGAAAAAAAUGGGGUUUUUGUUGGAAGAAACUUUGAUGACUCUUUGUGCUAGGAAUCAGUGGUCUUAUGUUGUGUUCUGGAAGAUCGGUUGCAAUAAUUCCAAGCUAUUAAUAUGGGAAGAUUGCUACUAUGAACCAUUUCCAUCUCGUCUCCUUCCAAAAAUUGUCGGAACAUCUAACUUGCCUUACCAAGAUAGGGAAGGAUGUUGGUUUUCUUCCGAUUCUCAGCUACGGAUUCAAGAGGACGACAGAGUUUGUUCGUUGAUUAACAAAAUGAUGGUGAAUAAUUCUGUUAAUGUUGUCGGUCAAGGGAUGCUUGGACGUGCAACAUUCACAGGAAAUCAUCAGUGGAUUGUUCUGAACAAUUUCAUUAAAGAUGCAUAUCCACCAGAGGUAUUAACCGAGUUGCAUUGCCAAUUUUCAGCCGGAAUGCAGACAGUGGCGGUUAUUCUAGUUCUUCCUCAUGGUGUUGUUCAACUUGGUUCUUUCUUGCCGAUAAUGGAGAAUAUCGGAUUUGUGAAUGAUGUGAAGAACUUGAUCUUUCAAUUGGGACAUGUUCCCGGUGCGCUUCUAUCCGAAGACUAUUCAACAAGACUUUCUAAUGAAAGAUAUUCUGGACCUGUGACUAAUUGUAUGCCAUUUUCUUUCAAUCCACAAGUCGUUGCCUCAAACUGCACUCCCUCAGUAGCUAACAGUGCUAACCAACUAAGUAUUUCACUGCAUGGUCCAAUGCAUGUUGCUGCUUAACCCCCUUAUUUUCAC